AAGACUUAAGUUAGUUUUGAUAAGUGACUAAAAUAAGAAAUUUAGGAACUAGAAAACUUAAAAUUAAGUGUAGCGUAUCAACAAGAUAAUUUACGAUACGAUGACGGAUAAACAGAAAACUCUCGUUUGCGGUGAUGUCAAUGGAAAUUUCAAUACAUUGUUUUCCCGCGUUGAUUCAAUUGUAAAGAAAUCCGGACCAUUUGAUAUUUUGCUUUGCGUGGGAAAUUUUUUUGGCGAUGACAACUCUCAACUUGAUGCAUAUAAGAUGGGUACUAGGAAAGUUCCUGUAACCACAUAUGUUUUUGGACCCAGUGAUGAAAGCCAUGUACAAUAUUAUUGUGAAGAAGGAAGUGAAAUUGUACCGAAUGUUGUCUAUAUGGGUAAACGAGGUAUAUUUACGACUAGUUCUGAUGUGAAGAUUGCCUAUCUCACUGGUCUAUCACGGAGAGAACUUGGUAAGGAUAUUCCAAUGUGUACAUUCGAGCCGAGUGAUUGUAGUGCAGUUAGAGAUUCCUGCUUCCGUGGGCAGAGUGAGUAUAGAGGUGUGGAUGUACUUAUAACUACUCUAUGGCCAGCUGGAAUUGAAAAUGAUGACUGUCAAAAGAUGGAUAUAGCAAAAGAUCGUUUGUCUGAUUUAAUUGCUUGGUUGGCGAUGCAUGUUAAACCAAGGUAUCAUUUUGUACCUUCUACAGAUAAAUAUUAUGAAAGACAACCAUACAGGAAUCAAAGUAUACAUCAAGAUUAUCGCGAGUGUGCAACUAGAUUUAUAGGUUUGGCCCCUGUUGGGAACAAGGCUAAAGAGAAAUGGAUCUAUGCAUGUUCUUUGCAACCUAUCACCAAAAUGAGAAUGACAGACCUCCUGCAGGCAACCACUGAUGAAACACUCUGCCCAUACGAUCCAGAACUGAUAAAGCAACAUCAGCCUGGAAAAGUUGUUAAGUUCUCAGGCAAUGGCCAGUACUUUUACAAUAUGGAUGCAGUAGACGAUGAUCAAGGUAAAAGAAAAAGAAAGAGUGGUGAUACUGAAAGAAAACGAAGGGAAUUCGAUCCAGAUAGUUGUUGGUUCUGCCUAUCUUCCCCCACGGUUGAGAAGCAUCUCGUGAUAUGUGUGGGCACACACUGUUACCUCGCGUUACCUAAGGGCCCACUCACACCGUACCACGUGUUGAUCUUACCUAUAGCACAUCACCAGUCCGUCAGUAAGGCACCUGACGAAGUUGUUAACGAAAUAAAGAAAUUCAAAGAGGCGUUAAAAGAAUUUUAUAAAUCAAUGAAGAAGUUGGUUGUGUUCUUUGAGAGGAAUUACAAAACAUCGCAUAUGCAAAUACAAUGUGUGCCUGUGCCUAGAGCAUGCGAGUCACAGAUAUUGGAAGUUUUUCAGGACGAGGCGGGUAUAAACAGUAUCCAGAUAGAAGUUCUGCCGCCGUACGCGGACAUAGCGCAGGUGGUGCUACCAGGUGCGCCAUAUUUCCACGCAGAACUACCCACCGGGGAUCAGAUAUUCGCUAAGACGAAACAACACUUCCCAUUACAGUUCGGAAGGGAUGUAUUAUCGAGUCCUCCGAUACUGAACUGCGAGGACAAAGCGGACUGGAGGCAGUGCCUCAUCAGCCGCGAAGAGGAGGACGACCACGUCGCCGCAUUCCGCACUAACUUCAGACCUUACGACUUCACUAUUAAUGAAGACAGUGAUAGUGAAUAA